UCUCGACAAAAACGCAACGGCGCGUCAGAAUUGAUAACAUUGUGCCACAACUUUAUUUUCUUCGAAUCUUGCUGAGAAAUGUCAUGAUAUAACUACAGUUGAUGUAGCCAAAUUCGCUCAAGCCUUCCUAAGACCCAACGCGAUCCAUCUCAGGUCGAGUCCUCACCGAAAUUUGCUGUCAGAGCGCAAUCAGAUUCGAAGAGCCCAAAAAGAUUUCGGUAUUGUAGAAUUCUAUGGCCAGGCUACUUGUAAGCGACGGGAUGAAUUCAUCCCACACGGCUGUUAACAUGCGGCAACAAUACCAAGCCAGUUGCCCAGAGGCCACGACUACCCAACAUGUCAAGAAGUGACAACGGCUGCGAAUCGCGUGAGAAGGUGAAGCUUGUGUCAUACAACAUAGGACCGACACCAAGACGGUAGUUCGGAUGCACACCUCUUAUCAGCAGUGGGCACGACGGAGAUGUCUUUGGAGACUUUUUGCGUACUUGAGAAGGAUGUUAAAAGGGAGGAGCUCUUCGUUGACAGUGCUCCCAGAGGACACGGUAGUCGCACAUACCCAAGCAGAUUAAAUACGUACAAAUGGAUGAAAAGUCUCCUGCCGUCGACGCUAAGAGUGCAGGUGUCGAGUCGGAUCCUCCAAGCCUCAGGCACGAAGUGAUCGAGAAUGACAAGUCUCUCGAGCGUAGAGUCACGCGAAAGAUCGACGUACGAGUGGUUCCCAUGCUCUGUGCUCUCUACAUGAGUGCUUACCUCGACCGCACGAACAUCGCCAACGCAAGGCUUCUGGGGCUGGAGAAAGACCUGGGCAUGCCGUCAAACGGGUACAACACGGCGGUCUGGACUUUCUUCCUGACGUUCGUGCUCAUGGAGGUACCUUCCAAUUUGCUGAUGAAUUAUUCGAGGUUUCCGCCCAAUUACUGGCUGGCUACGUCCAUGGUGUUGCUGGGCAUCGUGACCAUGUCCCAGGGUUUCGUGCAGUCUCCCGCACCUCUCUACGUCUGCCGAACGAUCAUGGGCAUCUUCGAGGGGAGUCUGGGUCCAGCCGCUGCACUCAUGAUGGGGUCCUAUUAUCGAAAACACGAGUUUCCUCUGCGCUACUGCUGUUUCACCACAAGCGGACUCAUAGGGGCCUCAUUCAGCAGCUUUUUGGCCUAUGCAAUCAACUUUAUGGAUGGCGUCCAAGGCAUCGCCUCGUGGCGCUGGAUUUUCAUCCUAGAGGGAUUGUUCAAUAUCUGUAUUGCUGCCCUCGCUUUUAUCGUUCUUCCACCCUUCCCUGCUGAAUCAAAGUUUCUAAGCGUGGAAGAGAAAGAACAUCUCAUGAACCGCUUGUAUGCAGAACGAGGAGACGAGGCAGUCUCUCUCAAGGGCCAGCCGUGGGUGUCAUGGCUAUUUAAUUGGCAGACCUGGCUCAACAUCGUCUUCUACUUCGGCGCAGACAUGUCCGCCGCGUCCAUCUCUCAAUUCUCCCCCACCAUUCUUAGAAGCAUGGGCUACACCGCGAACGGAGCCAAUCUGCGCAACGUUCCUAUCUGGCUGGGCGGCGCCUGUAUCUCGUUGACCGUCAACAUCCUAGCCGGAAAGUACAAGCUUCGGUUCCCCUUCAUUCUGUUCGGCGGAACGCUCUGCACGAUUGGUUGGUGUAUCCAGCUCGCGCAAGUGCAGCCCUCUGGAGUUCGAUACUUUGCACUGUACUUCAUCGCCACGGGUGCGUUUCUGCAGCUGCCGCUUUGCGUGUCAUGGCUGUCUGCGAAUACGAUCAGCCGACCUCAGAAAGCCGUGGCACAUGCACUACAGAUUGGGUUUGGCAACAGCGCCAACUUUGUCAGCGCGAACGUCUUCAUCACUCGCGAGUCUCCAAGGUACAAAUCCGGCUUCACCACGGGUCUCGUCAUCACCAUCGUAGGCGUCAUGGCUGCAUGUGCGAUGGAACUCAUCAUCUGGACGAAAAACAAGAGAGCGGAUGAGAGAGAGGCGAGGGGCGAGGUUGAGACAAAGAUGCUCAACAAUGACGGCACGAGGUUUAGGUAUACACUUUAA